AUGGAUUCGUCGUCGGAAAUCACAUUUGACGGCGAGCAGCGGAUCGGAAUUCAGAAACGUUCCGUCCGGCGAAGAUUCCAGGCUCUUCUAGAAGAACUGACGGUUAUGAACGUGCAGUCGGUGGCUGAUCGAAUGGCCGAACUGAAUCCGAUCGAAGGAAGAUCGCACUUCUGCGAAGCGGUUAUGAGAUCUCAGAUGCAGUUUCCCCAAUCCACCAACGUCUACGCCGCCCUUGUGGCGGCGAUCAAUCCCCGAUUUCCCGACGUCGGCUAUCUGGUGGCGAAGAGAGCCGCCGUCCGGUUCAGGGAGGCUUGCGACAGCCGCGACAGGGACCGGACGGAAACCGCCGCCGCGCUGGUGGCGCAUUUAGCAAAUCAGGCGGUGGUUCACGCCGCAUUGGCGUGGGAUGUCCUGAUGUAUUUAUUGACUGUGUAUCCCAUGGACAACACUGCCGCUGCCGCCGGAUUUUGCAUUGAAUGUGGGUCGAUGCUGCGCGCCUCCGCGCCGCAGAGAUUCACCGAUAUAGUGGGAGGCUUCCGGAGGUUGCUCCGGGGAUUGGUGGUGGAUAAGCCUCUCCGGAGGCGGAUUUUGAAGCUUAUUCAAGCAGAUGAAUCGAUGUUCGAGGAUUAUCCGGCGAUCAUCUAUGAACUCGAUUUGGUCGAGGCCGGGGAACAGGUUACUCACAUGGUGUCUUUGCUGCAACCUAUUGAUCCAGAGUACAGCCUCGACAGUAGUAUUUCGUCGACUUCUGAGAUCGCCGGCGGCGGCUACGGCAGCGACGAAGAAGUGUCUUCAUGUUAA